AUGAAUUUCGACGAGUAUCGUCAGUUUAAAGGCCUAUAUGAAAAUAUGAAGAAGGGUGAGAAGACAAAGGUCAUACUUCAAUAUGCAAAGAUGUCUCAGGAACCAUCAAGCAGCAUGACUGUGUGUGAAGAUACAGUCCUCCAUAUGGCGAUCAAUAUGAGGCACGAAAGCAUUGCCAGGGAAAUCUUGAAGUAUCACCUCAAAGAUCCUGCAACAUUGACUCGGCAGAAUGUGUUUGGAGACACUGUACUCCAUGAGGCUGCUUCCACCAACAUGACAAAACUGGCAAAGGAAUUGCUGGAAAAGGCACCGCAAUUACUAUCCAUGCCUAAUCGGUACGACGAAAUGCCUCUAUUUAAAGCUGCCCAAUUUGGUCAAACUGAAAUGUUCAAGCUUCUAGCUGAUAGAGUGGAGAAAGAAGGUCCAGAGAAAGCUAAAUAUCUGGCAUAUAUGAUAGCUAUAAAGUAUCCGCACUUGAUUGCUGAAAAAGAUGAAAAGGAGAAGAUAGCGCUUCAGCUGCUCUCAAGUAAUCCAUCUGCAUUCAAGAGUGGGAGCAGCUAUGGUGUUCCAGUUGGUGAUGGAGAGAUCAGGAAAGACAGCAAUCAUGAAGAAGAAAAACUUACAGGUGGAUUAGAGGUGGCUGGCACGGAUGAGGAUGGUGAUAAAGCUGCAAGAGGCUCCAAGCUUCCCCGAAUGCUUGAAGUUUUUGUUAACUUAUACUUCAUGAUAACGCAAAUAAUUGCUUCAGGAUGGCCAAUGAUGGAAAGUAUCUGGAAGGAGAAGAGAAAACAUGAAUCAGCUCUAAGGCUUGCCAAACUGUUGAUUCCAGAAGACACUUCAUGGGAACAUAUCAGCACCGAAGAAGACAAGGGAAAGAUAAGCUUUGUGAACCCUGCAGCAACAGCAUCAGAAGAAGGAAGAAGAGGAGCAAAGAAUGAAAAACAAGGAGGCAGAAACACAAUAAGAAAACGAGGAAAAUUAAGAUCCUCUGUGACUAUGGCACAAGCCCCGGAUACAUCAAAAACUAACGUUUCAGGCAUUGAUGCUGGCUCGGCACCGACCCUUACCUCAUUGCUUUUAGCAACUAGCAAUGGAAUUGUAGAGAUUGUUAAAGAGAUACUUGGAGUGUAUCCUCAAGCAGUUGAACAUGUCAGUCAUAUGGGGCAGAACAUAUUGCAUGUGGCUAUUAAGCACCGUCAAAAAGAGAUAUUUAACAUGGUCAAGAAGAUGGAAAUACCAAUGACCAGGUUGGUUCGACGGAUCGAUGACAAUGGCUGCUCCUUGUUGCACCAUGUUGCUGUCAUGCAGUACUACAGUGAAGGAACCCUGCCUGGUCCUGCACUCCAGCUACAAGAGGAAUUGCAUUGGUUUGAGCGUGUGCUGAAGAUAAUCCCUCCCCAUUUUGCGAUGCACCGGAGCAACAGGGAUGAGACUGCUCAAGAAUUCUUCAAAAGAACACAUACUAAACUCCUCAAGGAUGCUCAGGAGUGGCUAAAGAGGACAUCCGAGUCAUGCUCUACCGUUGCUGUUCUUAUUGCCACGGUUGCCUUCGCUGCAGCCUACACUGUACCAGGAGGAUCCAAUCAAGACACCGGUCUUCCUGUCCUCCUGCAUGAUCCCAUCUUCUUGGUUUUCACUGUUAUGGAUGUUCUAUCUUUGGCAAGCUCCUUGACUUCUGUUGUAAUGUUCCUAUCAAUCCUCACUUCUCCGUUUCAGCUUCAAGAUUUCCGCCACUCUCUCCCUCGGAAACUGACACUCGGUUUCUCGUUCCUCUUCUUCUCGGUCGCAGUGACAAUGCUUGCAUUCACCGCAACCAUUUUGCUCAUUGUUCAUUUGAAGAAGCGUUGGACUACGCUUCUCAUUUACACCAUUGCAUUCCUGCCGGUCAGCAUUUUCGCUAUCUUGCAGUUCCCUUUGUAUCUGACAUUUAUGAACACCUUGAAGAGCUCAAUCACUCUCAUCAAGGUGGCUUUUCCUUGCAAUUUCGUUAUUCGUUCGGUUAGGGCCCCUCGGUCCUCCAUUCGCAAGAGGCAUUCACAUGGAUCCACAAGACAACAAAUCCAAAAUCUCUUCAAAAUAAUACCUUUAAACGUCCAAUUCAGUUCUGUAAGACCUUCAAUCACCCCUCUAAGCUCAACCAAAAUCAUCCCAACAAGCAAUAAUUCCAUCUUGAAAUCAAGAAUUCUGGUAAACAGAGAACCCAUCAAGACAAGGCCAUUGUUCUUGGUCAAGGCUGUGGAUGGGGAGGAGAAGAAGCUGAUUGAGCUGGUAGAGAUUGAUAGCUUAAAGAGACAGCUGUUGAAUUCUUUGCAUGGAACUGAUCAUAGACUGAUAGCUACUAGUGAGACAAGAGCUGAGGUUGUGGAGCUUAUGGCUCAGCUUGAAGCCAGAAACCCCAAUCCUGCUCCCACUGAGGCUCUGUCUCUGCUCAAUGGCAAGUGGAUUCUUAAGUCCACAUCUUUUGACGGUUUGUUCCCAGUGCUGUGGGGUACCCUGCCAUUGGUAGAGAUCAAGGAAAUAUCUCAGACAAUCGACUCAGAGAACUUCACUGUUCAGAAUUCUGCGCAAUUCUCAGGGCCAAUACAUCCAUUAGUGCCAAUGCCAAAUUUGAAGUCCGAAGCCCCAAACAUCAAAUUUGAACAAGGCAUUCUUGGGACUCCCAAGCUGACAGAAAAUGUGGAAUUUCUGGGACAUCAGUUCGACCUCACACUCUUUAGAGCCAUAAUCUCCUCUGUGGAAGAUACAGCUUCAUCUGUUGCAAAGACCAUUUCCAGUCAAUUACCAUUGACGUUUCCUAUCUCAAACAGCAGCGCUGAAUCAUGGUUGCUAACCACAUACCUCGACGAUGAUCUUCGAAUUUCAAGAGGUGAUGCUGGAAGUUUAUUUGAUGAUAAUGUUGAGAGGGUUUAUGCAGCUAAAAUAAAAACACUCCGAGUGUGUGAAGCUGCAAGCAAUAGAUGGGAGGUGUUGAAAGAACAGCUAGCAGAGCCGUAUCGGGCAGCCAUGAACAAGGAUCGGCUAGCACUCGGGUUUCGCUUCGAAAAGGAGUUACCUUAUGGAGCGACGAAUGAGUGGAGAUUGGAAAAGGAUGAUUAA